AAAAUUAUAAUCGUAAACCCUAGCCGUCUGCUUCCCUCCCUCCCUUUUCAAAUUUCACUUCGUUUUCCCGUCCAUUUCUUGCUUCGCACCUCCCUCGAUCUCAGAACAGGCAUGGGGAAGGAGACAAGCUCAAUUUGGCAUUCUUCAUUGUAAUCUGUUGAAUAAUAUUUGGUACGAGACGGGAACUUCUUUUUGUCCUCCACCAGGCUGCUGAAAUACUGCUAGUUUGAACUAGCUUCGCCGGUUGAUUAUUUUCUUUCCAUUGUGCCGAACCAGAAACCCUACAUUCUGUAUUUCCUCUGCUAUCAUGAAGCUCGUCAGGUUUUUGAUGAAGCUCAACAAUGAGACUGUCUCAAUCGAGCUCAAAAAUGGAACCGUUGUCCAUGGCACUAUCACAGGUGUGGACAUUAGCAUGAAUACACAUUUGAAGGCUGUGAAACUUACCCUAAAGGGGAAAAAUCCAGUUACCAUGGAUCAUUUAAGUGUGAGGGGUAACAACAUCAGAUAUUAUAUUCUCCCUGACAGCUUGAAUCUUGAGACUUUACUUGUUGAAGAGACACCCAGGGUCAAGCCCAAGAAACCAACUGCAGGGAGGCCUUUGGGACGGGGACGCGGACGAGGGCGUGGGCGUGGUCGUGGGCGUGGACGCUAGACUUGUUGCAGUUGUUUCCAUUUUUGUGCCUCGUAGUGUAAACAUAUGUAUUGGAGGGAAGUUUAUGAAUUUAGUGACAUGGAGAGCUGGUAUGACAAUUCACUUACCAAUAUCAUGUUAUAUUACAAUGCCAUCUUGUUGUUUCUUAUGAUUGAUGAGGCUUUGCUGUA